CCGGACAGCAGCACGGAGAAUCAACACACUGGGGAUGGUCUCUUCAUUUUUAAAAACAAUAUCAACGUUAUAUCGCCACAAAAUGAAGUUUCCUUACUCGUAGAUUCGUGAGGAUAUGGUGAGGAGAAGGUGUCCCAUGCUGCAUUAGUGGAAUAGUGACAUGCUGGCCUGUCUGCCAGCAUCAGGUGACCCUACCAUCAGACUUCUCUCCCGCACGCAGAUGAACACUGGACUUCAGAAAUGGGAAACUACACAGAAGAUGAGAUCUCCCAGCUACCCAACCCCAGCAGAGUUGGAUGCCUAUGCUAAGAAAGUUGCCAACAACCCUCUGACCAUCCAGAUCUUCCCCAACAGUGUCAAAGUACCUCAAAGGAAGCACAUUCGCCGCACAGUCAACGGGCUUGACACAUCCUCGUCCAGCCAGCGCCACAGUCCCUACCCCUCUCAGGUCAGCUCCAGUAGGGGCCUGCUGGCUGUCCUCCGUGCGCCUGCCAAAGGCAUCAUCAAAGAGUCAGACGGUAGUCGCGCCCGACAGCUUCAGAAGGCCAUCAUGAACCCUCACAGUGGGCCGUAUGCCACUCAAAGCACUUUAAAUCUUCCUCAACCUGCUCCUCACCUACAGGGCCCCUCUCAGCCUGCGGUCCAAGCAGCCCAGAAACAGGGUACAGUUCACCCACAGGCACUACAGCAGAGCAUGACUCAUCCAAUGACUUUACAGCAGCCUCACACUAUGCCUCACCCACAGGCUUUACAGCAAAGGAGCAUGGCUCAUUCACAAGCUCUGCAGCGGCAGCAGAGCUUGUCCCAAGUUCAGACUUCACAGCAGCAAAGAUUGGCUCACCCACAAGGCAUACAGAGGCAGCCGAGUCUGCCUCACACCCAGGCUCUACAGCAACAGCAGAGCCAGUCAUGUCCGCCAGUCGUACCACAGCAGCAUCUUUCUCAUCUGCAGACACUAAAGCAUCAGCCGGCUCCUCCGCAAGCUUUACUUACACAGCAAGGUGUGACUCAGGAUCUGCGCCACAUGUCUGAUGGAGCUCAGCUUCCGAGCCUGCAGCACACCCAGGGGCUGGUUGGGUCACAGCCCCUUCCCCAGGCUGUGGGUGCAGGACCUCCUACCAUACCUAAUAGCCUCCAGCAGCCGCCACCGGGGGCAUUUGGGCCCCGGAAGCUCCCUGAUGCAGACGCCCCACCAAAUGUAACGGUAUCUACCUCCACCAUCCCACUGUCCAUGGCAGCCAGCCUGCAUCAGAACCGGCCUGGUGACCUGAGCAGCAUCGUGCACCAAAUCAACCAGUUGUGCCAGGCACGGGCUGGCAUGGGCACCACCUCAGUCUGUGAGGGCCAGAUUGCAAACCCCAGCCCCAUCAGCCGCAACCUGCUGAUCAACGCCAGCUCAAGGGUGUCCUCUCACCACCCGGCUCUGGGCUCUGUGCCUAGCUGCCUCAUGGUGGGACCCCCAGACAAAGCUACGGCUCAGACUCCCAGUGCUGCUCUCCAUUCACAGCCCAAUAUAGCUGCUACUAACAGUAUACCUGCCUUUCACACAGACCCAGAGAAGGUACACCUGCAGCAGCAGCAGCAACAACAGCAGCAGCUUCAGCACCAUUUACAUCAGCAGAAACAACAACAACAGCAGCAACAGUUACAGCAGCAACAUUUACAACAACUACAGCAACAGCUGCAGCAGCAGCAGCAGCAGCAGCAGCAGCAGCAGCAGCAGCGCUCCUGGGCUCAGCAUCAACUGGCCCACAUGCAGCAGCCACCUGAGGGGGCCCAUCCCUGCAAGAACCCGAGGAUGGAGCCUCCAACCGAGUGCGCUUUCCCCUCUCGAAACCUCAACUAUUCCCACAAGCUACCUAACACUGCACAGUCCUUUCCUCUAAAACACCCUGCAGAAAAGCAGCGACCUUCAUCCCCUGUCAACUGCCCAGUAGGUCCUCUGCCUUACAUUAACGGCCACUACAUGCAGCCACCAUGGGGCAGCAUCCCAGCCACAGCAGGUAACAAUGGAUCCGGUCCUCAGGACCUCCCAGUGGCUUUCCAGGGUGCGCAGGCUGCUGCCUCCACGGACCGCAUCCCAGGGGCCAAGUACCGGCCAGGUAAAGAGGGUCCUACUGGCCAGUCCAAGUUGAUGCGGAAUGUGGAUUUCUUAGGAGGGGACUUCCAGAUGCCCAGCUUUCAGGAGCAGAACAUGGAUGUGAUGGAGAAGAUGCACAGGUCAGCCAUGGGUCAAGUUCAGGAGCCCAACAACAGUGGAGCUGUCCACACUCAUCACCCAGGCUACCGCUAAGUGUGCGCUUAUCUCUCCUCGCUGUGUUGUGAGUUAUUUUCAACUGCAACUUUCAGCUUCUCUGGUUUAUUCUUUAAGAUCUUGCAAGUGAUCAAUUACAUUUAAUUGCUUCAGAGCUUGAUUUGUAGACCUACCGGGUUGUGAUGUUUCAAAGUGUUCCUCAGGUUAAAGUGAAAUUUCUGCACCUUUUGUGUAGAUGUCCAAUCAGUGGUCAUGGUGAAUGUAGUCAGUUGAAUAAAUAGGUUCCUCGGUGCGUGCUAUAUUGACCAAAAGGUGGAGUUCUCCUGCUCGUGGAGCCAUGCCGGCAGUGCCUAUAUGUCCCAUGAUGCAUUGCGAGUGAGCUGACUCCCACGCCCACUGAGAAGGCUAGCUGCUGCAUGCUAAUCAAAGUCAUCAUGAAAUCAUAGUCUAGCCACUUGUGUACACGUAGCUUUGUCCGGCCCUCUUUGAUAAAGCAGUCUGUAGUAGAACGCACACGCACACUUUCCAACUGUUGUGGGGACAUUUCCAUCAAAAGAGUUAAUCCACUGGAAUAAAAAUGGCCGAAUAUCCGAGUCAUCAAAAACACUGUAAAAUCUAUCCUCGUCCAUAACAUCCUCUGCACUCGUAUUAUGGGAUGCCAUUUUCACUGGUGGAAACGUAGCUAGUUUACAAGUGAACAGAACAAGUUUUGUUUUUGAGGUGACGCAUGCACGCCGGGCUGACCAGAGGUGGAGACUAGAAACCUGAACUGAAACAGCCUGAAGUUCUUAUAGAAACCAGCGUCACUGUGCACAUCAGAUGACGCCGCUGGUGUCGGAAGAACGGCAGAUUUUGCGGCAGGGGAACUCGUUCAUAGAGCGCGCACUGAGGAAUUUAUUGCUUCAUUUCACUUGACACUGACUGGACAUCCAAAUAAAACGUGGUGAAGUUUCCCUUUAAGCCAUGCCGUGCUUUCGUUGCAGAUGAAGGGUUUUUGAGAUCGUUGUCCACUGUUGAGUAGAGUUCCUUUUUUCAUCACUGGUAUGGAUGUGCUUCUCUUUGUUCGUGUGUAAAUCUUGUUUAAAAUAUUGAUUUGCAGCUUAGAAAAUGCUUGCCACAUGAUUGUCACAGUGCGUUUCCUAGGUUGACAUGGAACAAUUCAACUUUUUCUGCAUUUGUGGCCUUACAACUGCCCAAAGGCAAGAUUUAGGAUGUCCUUGUGUAAUGUUUUUAUUUGAAAUUAUUUAUCCUCUUAACAGGUUUGUGAUCCAUUUAAAUAAGAAGGUUACAUGUAUAUGCAAUUAAUAAGACUGUUGAUAAGGUUUUGUCCUGCCCGUAGUUGAGGUGUACACCUGUUAAUGGGCUUAAGUGAGAGCCACAACUCCUCGAUCAGGAAUACAACAUGGCCUCUGAACUGCACCGCGAGUGGUCCAGGUAGUGUGCAAAAAAGCUAACUAUCACUGUUCAGCAGACUUUCAGUCAAAAAUAAGACAAAGCCAGCACUAGCAAAAACAGUAACAUUCUCCAUUUGUAAGAUUCACGUAGUUUCUCAAGUUGCAAGUAGUUUUUCUUACGUUUGGAAAGUCUAAAGUGCCCUCGUGUGUGAUCUUUCAAGAGUUGCUUUUGAAGUAGUUGUUCUUUUAUUACAGUUUUUGUCGUAUUUCUGUAGAUGGUCCUACUUGAACUGUAGAAAUUACUUUUUAAAUGUUAUGCUUAACAUUUGGCAAAAGGAGGAGAAACUCCAUUAGCCCCUGUUUGUCUGAAGCUAAUGUGAAGCAGAAUGGCAUCCCAUUAAUAUUAAAAUGGCGCAUGUCAGUAUGUGAAAGGCAAAUUGAUCACUUGUAAACGUGCAAGUACUUCAAAUAAUGCAAGCUGGGAAAAUGCUUCAUUUCCCCUCCGACACAUUUCCUCACCACUUUACUACUGUAACACAAGUGAACUGAUGUGGUGUGGACGUGGUCUGUGUGGCUUGUGGUGGGCUGUUCAUCUGCGAAUCACUGGCCUCACCCUGUGCUGUGUUUCUGCUACCUAUACAGAAAAACGUCAAAACAUUCAAUGCAGGUUAUGUUUUGCUAGACGUUUCUAGCAUGAAGCUCUGGACCCAUUUCCUCCUCUAGUCCUUCUUCGGGUUGAUGUUGUCUGGGCAUAUAUUGCUCUGAAAAAGCCUUAAAUGUCACAGUAAUUAUCCUCAACUUAAUACUUACCAUAACUGACUUUCUUUGCCAGGAUCCCAACUUCAGUAUGGCUUCGUUGUGAGAAAGAGUAAGUUAUUUUUUCUUCUGUUAAAACUGUACUGUCACAUCAUUGGGCAGUGUUAAUAUGUACAGGCAGUGGGGAUGGGUGAUGUUGCCUUGAAUUGAAAUAUUAAGGUAAUAAUGCCACUCGUACCUGUUGAUAACGACCUGUCCCACUGUCUCAAAUGUUGCCUAUCAAGGAUUUAAGAUGAUUUUAAGAGUAAAAUAUGAAUAGUAUUUAGCUGAAUGAAUAGGUAUGUAGAACAGGGCUGUAGCAGUCAUUUUAAAGUAUUUGGACUGUGUUUUAGUUGGUAUACUUAAUAAAUAUCCUUAUAUAGUUUAAUUUAUUUUUUUGGACCACUGCAUCCUGAAGCCAUAGCUGUUUUCACAUUAGGUGCCAUAGGUGACACACAGACGGCGUAAACCCACCUGUCGGCACUCAGAAGCAAAUAAGAGGUUUGCAUCCGUGCUUUAACCUGAGAUCUGUCACAGCGCCGAGCGGUUUGUCUUCUCCGAAUCGUUCUCAGAGGACAGCACAGGUCAAAAGGGAGAAAGAAUGGCGAGGUGCCGCGCCGUCUUCAGAGAAAGACAGCUCACAUGCAAGCCGUAGCUUUUCUGGAUUUUGGUCUUCAUACUUGAUGGCAGUUUUUUUUUUCCUGGCUCAUUUUUUGAUGUGCCUGCCCCUUAAAGCUGCUAUUGUCUUUAAUCUUAACACACACUAGUAUGAUUUGUGUGUGCGUGUGUAUGUAUAGUAAUGAUGUAUGGGCUGUAUUAAUGAAAAUAAGUUACUAUUUUAGGGGAUGGGCGCAGGGUGAAGAUGCCACCACUCAAACGCUGAUGGACUAUUCCACCAGCUAUAUUUGAGAUUAUUCUAAAUCCAUAAUAACUGACCAGUAUUCAAAGUGUCUGACCCACUGCGGCCUCCCUCCGGGCCUGUUUGGGUUCCUAACUUUAAAUCAACACUAACAGUUUGACAGACCCGCCCUGUUAAUUUUGAACUGCCUCGUUACAGCCCGACAUAGUCAGGUUCUACAGUUUCAUAUGAAGUGCCUCCACUGGGCUUAGUAUGGAGAAACGUGUGAAUGGGUGCUUGUGUGUGUGUAUGUUAAGCUUGGGUACUUGCACACAGGUGUGCACGCUGACAAAGGUGCACAAAGUUAAUCUCUGAUGGGGGACCAAGCUACUUCGUGUAACUACUGAUGCUGUGUCAUGGACUGAAGUCCUGAAGUGUGCCACGAUUCCCAGACGCUGUCGGGAUGUGUGAACUGUUUGCUGCUGACUCACUGACCAAAGUGACCAAGCGUCCCUCUCUGUAACCACCCGGCCAAAAGCCUCGGCGAGCUUGUUGUGUUCUAACAGUAACGAGCAACAACCUGGUGACGUAAAGGAGAGCUGCUGCCCUCAUUUGGACGGUUAAAGAAAAUCUUGUGAAGUAAAAGUGAAAAGAUGUGAAGCGAGCAUUAAAAAAAAAAAAUCUAGAGCGAGUGGUUCCUGUCUGCACCCCAAUUUUUUUUUUUUUUUUUUCCCCCCCAGUGAGCAGGAUUCAGAUGUUCUAAUGAGAACUUUGUAUGUUUGUGGUUCCAUUUCACAUCAUGCAGAAACAGUUCAUGUCAAUAUGCACAGUCAGAAUCUAAUCUACUGAAGCACAUUGUAGCUCACCUGUCAGUCCACUCAGAUGGCAAUAUUUAUUGGGGCUCAGCUGUGUAACAAUUCUCUCUAGAUUUGUUUUUACUCCAGUUAAUAUGAUUGUCUUUGCUGAUCAAAGAGCUGUCAUGUUGUGAACGGUGGUGGAGGGGGCUUACUUUCUCUACUUUGUGAAAAUGUGAUAUUCCACUUUUGCCUAACCUUCAGGAAUAAAAUGUCUUGCACAAACAUUCCCCCUAACCAAAAUAAAGUUUGCAAACACAAA